AUGGAUCUGCCAGCACCCGCAAGACCGACAAUACUUUUGUUCGGCACCUGCGACACCAAAUUAUCUGAACUCCUCUUCCUCAAAAAUGCGCUAUUGGAGAACUCGCGGCCCCCCACGGUCCUCCUCGCCGAUGUUGGCCGCGCCCCUGUCGCCCACCCGGCAAUUGACAUCCCACACAGCAUGUUGCUGCCCAAUCCGCCCGCCGGAUUCGACGAGCUUCCCCGCGACGUCGUGAUAUCGAGUAUGUCGAAAGCACUGGUACCGUUCAUAAACUCCAGGCUAUCCCUCUCCUCCCUGCACGGGGUCAUCUCGAUCGGCGGAUCCGGGGGCACUUGGCUGGCGACCAGCGCUAUGCGGAAUUCCUCGCUGCCGAUCGGAUUCCCAAAGAUGAUCGUCUCGACCAUGGCCGCUGGCGAUAUGAGCCCUUUCAUCGGCGACUCCGACAUAACAACCAUGUACUCCGUCGUCGACAUCGCAGGCAUGAACUCGAUACUCUCGGCCAUUCUCACAAAUGCCGCGGGCGCGAUCAUCGGUAUGGCCGAGUCCUACCACGCCAUCUACCGAGCGCCCCCUUCAACACCAAAGAAGCUGGCCGUCGCGAUAACCAUGUUCGGCAUCACCAGCCCCGCCGUGACCCACGCGCGGAAGGUGCUGGAGAGAGAGAACUGCGAAGUUUUCGUCUUCCAUUGUACCGGUGCCGGCGGCCGCUCCAUGGAAAAAUUGAUCAUGGAAGGGAAAAUGGACGGGGUGCUGGACCUCACCACGAAGGAAUUGGCCGACGAGCUCAUCGGCGGGGUCAUGAGCGCUGGAGAGGAGCGGCUAACGGCCGCAUCAAGGAUGGGAAUCCCGCAGGUCAUUUCUACCGGCGCGUUGGAUUGCGUGAAUUUCGGGGCGAGGGAUACGGUACCCGAGAGGUUCCGGAAUAGGGACCUGCUCGUGCACAACGAUUCUGUCACCCUCAUGUGUGUGAACGACGAGGAGAUGGGCAUGUUGGGGACCAGGAUGGCCGAGCGCAUAGUCGGGAGUUUGGAGAAGCCGUGGCGGACGGCAAUCUGGUUGCCCAUGACCGGAUUCAGCUCGCUGUCCAGCCGCCGGGGACCCUGGGAAGGGAGAGUUAGGUUCGAGAGGUUUAAGGAGAAGCUAGUGGAGGGAUUAGGGGGAGUCCUGGAGAACGAACCUAGGCUGGAGUUGAGGGUGGAGGGGGUGGGGAUAAACGAAGAGGCAUUCGGGGAGUUGGCAGCGUGCAGGCUCAUCGAGAUGAUGAAGGAGGCAGAGGAGGAGGACCGGAGGGAACAUAAUUUUUUUCAUGGGAACGGGAAAGUUAGGUAA